UUCAAUUUUUGUCUCCAGCGUAUUUUAACCUUGCUAACAAUAAGAACAUGCAGUAUCCGAAUUCUGGCUUAUUGCAUGCAGUGCAUUGUGUCCAAAAACACAGGAGACGUCUCUAGCACCCAGCAAGCCUCACUUCACACAGCUCACAAACUUUUCACAUUUUCCUCAUUUUAUGGUAUACGUUCAGAGGUAAAAUAAUUACUGUCAACUGCUAAAUGAAUAAAGUGACUAACUGCCAGUCUAGUAGCAUUACUAAAGUGGAGUGGUUUUUGAUGCUUCAAUAUUAGCCGUCUACGCGGAUUCUGUAUGUUCUUAAUUCUGUGAACUUUGGUAUAGAUAUCGGUAGUAUGAGCAGCCGCGACACCUGGGUGCCGCUGACGGCGGGUGUGGUGGUCAGUGCUGGGCUGUUGGUGCUGCUCUACAAGGUGCUGAGCGGCAGCGCCAACGCUAAAGCCAACUACAAUUACGGUGCAGCGAUCUAUGUCUGCUCCUGCGAGAAAGGCGGUCCUUCCUUGUGCCAAAUUCACGGAAAGAAGGCCGCAUAAAAACAAAAAAGUGCCAAUCUGUCUGAAUUUAUUCUGUCACAAUAUCAACCUACUGUCUGGAUAAUAGUUGAAUUGGUAAAAUGUGUCACUUUGUUUAUUCAAUAAAUAGAAAUAUGUUAUUCCUGAAGAUGGAAGCUCAAAAAUUAUUGUAAAAUGCUUUUUUUACCUAAAUAGAAUUUUGACUAUCCUAAUAAAGGAAAUGUGCGAUUGCGCUGAGGAAUUGGAACGGAAAUCUUCGCGCAGCCAUCCUAUACCUCCGCUACAGUCCGAAGCGUCGUCCCUCUGCGGGUGGACAGGGCUCCAGGGCUCGUCUCCAGGCCGAGGUGGCUGGGCCAAAGGCUGGGUUCCGGUCAUAGGAUGCACGACCUUCCUUUUUGCACUCUUUUACAAAUUCAAGGACAAGGUCAAGGCGCUGUUAUGGGGCAGUGACCCUUGCGAUGGUUUCGUAAGGAAAGUGAAACCGGUACCACAAACAAAAAGCAAAAUUUGUGAUUGCAAGAACUAAUGUAAUUAAACACCCAUACCUAAAAAUCUGAUUUUUACAGCCAUUUGAGUGUAGACAUUUUUACAUUUUAAAGAAAAUUGGUCAAUAAAAGCAAUUAAACUAA